GCCGCUGUCGGUCGCGCGGGCCGGUCGUGUGGACACCGUCGUGUCGCGGGCGCUUGCCGCGGGCCACAGCGCAGCGCCGAGACCGUCAGCCCCGCGGCGUCGAGCAUGGACUUCGAGGACGAUUACGUGCACUCUACUUGCAGGAGUGCUUAUCAGGACUUUAACGGAAUGGAUCGUGAUUAUGGCCCUGGAUCUUACGGAGGGCUGGAUCGUGACUAUGGCCAUGGAUCCUAUGGGGGUCAGAGAUCCAUGGAUUCCUACCUAAACCAGUCCUAUGGCAUGGACAGUCACAGUGGUGGUGGUGGGGGUAGCAGGUUUGGACCUUAUGAGUCUUACGACUCCAGGUCUUCUCUGGGUGGGCGAGAUCUGUACAGAUCUGGCUAUGGUUUUAAUGAACCCGAACAAACCCGCUUCGGAGGUAGUUAUGGUGGUCGAUUUGAGAGCUCCUACCGGAAUAGCCUUGACUCUUUCGGAGGUAGAAACCAGGGCGGGUCUAGCUGGGAAGCACCUUACUCCCGUUCAAAAUUGAGGCCUGGGUUUAUGGAGGACAGAGGAAGAGAGAAUUACUCUUCCUACAGCAGUUUUUCUUCACCCCAUAUGAAGCCUGCACCUGUAGGCUCUCGGGGGAGAGGAACGCCUGCUUAUCCUGAAAGUACGUUUGGAAGCAGAAACUAUGAUGCUUUUGGAGGACCAUCAACAGGCAGAGGCCGAGGCCGAGGACAUAUGGGUGAUUUUGGAGGCUUCCAUAGACCUGGAAUUAUUGUUGACUAUCAAAACAAACCUGCCAAUGUGACGAUUGCUACUGCAAGAGGAAUAAAAAGAAAAAUGAUGCAAAUAUUUAUUAAGCCCGGGGGAGCCUUUAUCAAGAAACCUAAGCUAGCAAAACCUAUGGAUAAGAUGAACCUCAGCAAAUCGCCUACAAAAACUGAUCCUAAAAAUGAAGAAGAAGAAAAGCGGCGAAUUGAGGCUCGGAGAGAGAAGCAAAGACGUAGGCGAGAGAAAAACAGUGAGAAAUACGGAGAUGGAUACAGAAUGGCAUUCACAUGUUCAUUUUGUAAAUUUCGCACCUUUGAAGAAAAAGAUAUUGAACUGCAUCUCGAAAGUUCUUCACACCAGGAAACAUUAGAUCAUAUUCAGAAACAAACCAAAUUUGAUAAAGUAGUUAUGGAGUUUUUACAUGAAUGUAUGGUGAAUAAAUUUAAAAAAGCAUCUAUUCGUAAGCAACAGACACUUAAUCACCCAGAAGCUUACAAAAUAAUUGAAAAAGAUAUUAUGGAAGGUGUUACUGCGGACGAUCACAUGAUGAAAGUGGAGACUGUCCACUGUAGUGCUUGUAGCGUGUACAUCCCUGCUUUACACAGCUCAGUUCAGCUGCACCUGAAGUCUUCUGACCAUGGCAAAGGGAAGCAGGCAUAUAAGGAACAGAUAAAGAGGGAGAGUGUGCUGACUGCUACAAGCAUCUUAAACAACCCAAUCGUGAAGGCACGCUAUGAGCGGUUUGUUAAGGGAGAGAAUCCUUUUGAAAUUCAAGACCAUGCUCAGGAUCAGCAGAUAGAAGGAGAUGAAGAGGACGAAGAGAAGAUUGAUGAACCCGUCGAAGAAGAGGAUGAUGAUGAGGAGGAAGAGGAGGAGGAAGAGGAAGGAGAGGAAGGGGGAGAAGCUGGAUCUGUGGAGGAAGAAGGGGAUGUGGAGGGAGAGGAGAACACAGCAGCAGCAGGGGAAGCUGCUCCAGUGGGAGAAACAGAAGAAGCAAGGGAGGCAGAGGAGGAAGAGGAGGAGGAGGAGGAGGAGGGGACGGAGGAUUUUGCUGCCCAGGCCUGUGCUACUGAGCAGCGUGAGCACAGUCAGAUAUAGUCGCACACUUCACCGUAGGAAAUGGAAGAUGCUGAGUAGCUUCUGAUAUGAGUUGACACCAUGUUGCAUGCAUUCCACAUAUUAAAGUCUGUUUUAUAUAAUUUUUAAAUGUUUGGCACUUGUUUAAUAAAAUGAAGUUAAGAUGAUUUCAGUUUAGUUUUUCUAGAUACCAAACCUAGAUAUGAUAAAUUGUUGGUAUGAUUUUUAAGCUUAGUUUCUACUACCUUACUGGUGUUGAGGAUUCUAGCUGUGUGUCGCUCCUCUGCCCACUGUAAUCAUUUGAACUUAAAUGCUGCUCUUGGGCGUGAGUCUUUAGUGUGCAUUCAGUUUUUGAAUACUGACUCUAGAUUGAUUGGAGAAGUAUUUUGUUCUGAUUUGAGUAUUUUUUUUUACAUUGAAUAGCAGUUAGCAUUAAGAUGGCUUAAAGGAUUUUGUGUACAGUUCCCUUUGUAGCAAUAAAAUGUGUUCUUUUGUUUUUAAACAAGAACUUUCUCCUUUGAUUGCAAUUUAAACAUUUCAUCAAUUAAAUGAGUAUUUAAAAAUCAGUAUCUGCCUUAAUGUAUGAGUUUAGCUCACAAGAAUUUCAAGUGAUUGAGAAGACUUGAAUUAAAACAUUUUCCUCGGUCAUAUUUUUAAAAAGUGUGACUACUGUCUAUUUUCUAACACAUUCAGAGGUCGGUAUGUAACUGACCUUACUUAUACUAGCUUUAGUUUGUUCUUUUCUCUGUGCCUAUGUCAAACCUUGGAAUCUUCCUCAAAAUACAAUUUAAUACAAAUAA